AUGGGUGAUGUUAAUAUUAACAAAAAAGAAGGAAUUUUACAAAUUAUUGUACACAAUGCUAAUAAUGUACCUUCAUCAGCAAAAUUUUUAGGAUCACCAGAUCCUUAUGUGAAUAUUUUUUAUCAUGGAGUUAAAAAACAAACAAAUUGGCAACGUUCAACAUGUGAUCCAAAAUGGGAUGAAACAUUUGAUUUUCCUCUCAAUGGCAUUCCAAUACAAAAUACGGAUAUGCUUGAAGUUCAGCUGAAAGAUCAUGAAACAAUUGGAUCGAAUAAACUUAUCGGACAAGGUACAGUACCAUUGAGUGAAGUUCUUCGUGCUGGUACAGUGAAACGACGUGUUGUUCCAUUAAUGAAUCCACAAGGCGUUGCACUUGAAGCUACGAAAUUAUUUAUUACAAUGGAAUAUCUUUCACCAGAUGGUGGUGGAAAACAACAAACAAAUGCAAAAAAUGGUGAUCCAAAUCAAUUUGAUGAUGUACCUUUACAGAAUAACGGUGAAACAGCAUGGAUGGCAGAAUAUAAUGCUGAUUUAGCAUUUAAACGACAGAAUAAACCACGAUCAACUAAACCACAAGAUUUUCAAAUUCGAAUAAAAAUCUUUCAAGCACGUCAAUUAGAUGGAAAUAAUUUACAUCCUGUUUGUCGUGUACGUGUUGUUGGAGAAGAAAAACAAACAAAAAUUCAAAAAGGAACAAAUCAACCAUAUUUUAAUGAAGUUUUCUUUUUUAAUAUCAACAUGUCUGAAGCUGAUUUAUGUGAUGAAAUUAUUGAAUUUGAAGUUUGUAAUUCUCGUACACUUCGAGCUGAUAUGAAAAUUGGAGCAUUUAAAAUGGAUAUUGGUUAUAUUUAUUCUCAAUUAAAACAUUCAAUUAAUCGAAAAUGGUUAUUAUUAAGUGAUGAUGAUGAUAAAAUGUCUGGUUCAAAAGGUUAUCUUAAAGUAACUGUUAAUAUAUUAGGGCCCGGUGAUGAAGCACCAUCACAAGAAAAUGAUGGUGAUGAUGAUGAUAUUGAAAGUAAUUUAUUAAGACCAGCUGGCCUUAUGCUUCGUCCAGCAACAUUUAUUUUAAAAGUAUAUAAAGCAGAUGAUUUACCAAGAAUGGAUAGUGCAUUUUUUCAUGGAAUGAAAAAGAUUUUUACUGCAACAGAAGAUAUUAAAGAAUUGAUUGAUCCAUAUGUUAAUUUUUCAUUUGCUGGUCAACAAGUUUCAUCGAAAAUUGUUUAUACAUGUUCACAUCCAGAAUUCAAUCAAGAACUUCGACUUGGUCUUAAAUUUCCAUCAAUGUGUGAUAAAAUAACACUCACUGUUAUGGAUUGGGAUCGGUUAACAUACAGUGAUAUAAUUGGUGUUGGGUUAAUUGAUGUAUUUAUUAAAGAUAGUGGUUUUCUUCCAACAUUUGGUCCUUGUUGGAUUAAUUUGUAUGGUGCACCACGUGAAUAUUCGGAUAUUCCAACUGCUUUAGAUGUAUUAAACACUGGAAAAGGUGAAGGUGUUGCUUAUCGUGGUCGAGUAUUUGUUGAAUUACAAACAAUUCUUGGUGAAACACCAUCUGAACCUAUUGGUGAUAUAUCAAAUUCUGAUAUAAUUCGUACAUUACCAUAUCAAUCUCGUAAAAAAUAUAAACUACAUGCUGCAUUUCUUGAUGCAUCUAUGUUAUAUGAACAUGAAUCUACACUUGAAUUUGAAAUAAGUAUUGGAAAUUAUGGAAAUAAAUUUGAUGGUGAUGUUGGUAAUGCAAGUUGUUCAACAACACCACCAACAAAUCCUGUUUUUGACGGAACAUCGUAUUAUUUUUUACCAUGGGGACAUACAAAACCAUGUGUACAAGUUUCAAGUGAAUGGGAAGAUGUUACAUUUCGUUUGGAAGCAAUGAAUCAAUUAUCAAAAAUUAAAUUAUUCAUUACUGGACUUUUAUCAACAUUGGAUUUAUUAAGAAUUAAACAAACAACGGAUGAAGUUCUUCUUAAACAUUAUAAACAAUCUCUUGAUAUGGUUAUUGCUCAUUUAAGAAAACCAUUACCUGAACCUGAAGUCGGUCGUCAUCAUGUUAAUGAACUUGAUCGUUUAAGACGUCAAAUGCGUUUGAAAGAUCUUUCGGAAAUGAUUAAAAAAUUAGAAGAUUUAAAAUUACAUGCCAAAACAGCAUUAGAAGUUAUAACUACAUUAGAAGAUAUUAAAGAAAAUCUUGAAUAUCUUGAAGCCGAACCACAAAAUAGUAUACCUGAUGUUAUUAUUUGGUUAUUAUCAAAUGGUAAACGUUAUGCCUAUUAUCGUUUACCAGCCAAUGAAGUAUUUUAUUCAUCACAUGUUGAUCGUCGUGGGCGUCUUUGUGGAAAAGUUCAAACAAUAACAUUAAAAUGGCCAGGAAAAGAGAGUGAUAUUGACAAAGAUAAAAGAAAUUUUCUUCCUGGAGAAAUUCGAGUUAAAAUAUGGUUAGGUUUAGCUAUACAUGAACAAGAUUGGUUAUCACAACAAAAAGGAGCUGAUUUAGCUAUUUAUGCUGAAACAUAUGAAAAUCAAAGUAACGUUUUAGGACAAUGGACAACAGGUGGACCAUUAAUGAGUAGACCAUCAUGGUCAGAUGUUACAGGAACUAUCUCAUUACCACAGAAGAAUUUUCAAUUACCACCUGGAUGGCGAUGGGAAGGUGAUUGGUAUAUUAGUCCAGAAAUAAGUGCUCGAUAUGCUGAUGAUGCUGGACAUAGAAAAUUUACUGAAGAAGUAUAUGAACAUCAAUCUCGUAUAAUGGGUGGAGCUCAAUGGCAACCAAAAGCAGUUCCUUGGACUGAUUUAAAUGGCGAUAAAGUUCCAAGUAAAACUGAAAGAAUUGAACCACCACCAGGUUGGGUUUGGGAAGAUGAAUGGUGUAUUGAUGCAAAUCGAGCUGUUGAUGAAGACGGUUUUGAAUAUUGUGUUAAUCAAACUCUUGGUGGAUGGUGUCCAACUGAAAAAGUAUUUCAUUUAAAUCGUCGACGACGUUGGUAUCGAACUCGUGUUAUCAAAAAAGAUGCACCGGUUGAUGAUAAAAAAGGAAAUUUACUUUUCUUUGAUACAACAGAUGAAAUGACAUCUUUACUUACCUCAUCUGAUGAGGCUGAAAAAAAAGCAACUCAAGAAGGUUUGAGAAAUGAAGGUUGGGAGUAUGCACCAAUGUUUAAUAUGAAAUUUCAUGCUGAUGAACGAAGUAUGGAUAUGACACGUCGUCGACGUUGGCAUAGAAAAAUGGUUCCAUCAGCUGAACAAAAUAUGAUUGAUGCAUCAGGAGCAUCAGUAUCCAGUACAGAUGUUGUAUUUCGAAUGCAAUCACAAGUUCAAGCUAUAACUGAUUCAUCAACUAAAUCUGAACAACAACAACAAAUAGAUGCAUCAUCAUCAUCAACAACAACAACGCCAACUAAAGAUGUUAAAAUUGAAUUAAAUGCACCACGAAUGUAUUUAAGUUUUAAAAAGGCCUAUUUCUAUGAACUUCGUGCAUAUAUUUAUUCAGCAAGAAAUCUUUUAUCUAUGGAUCAUGAUAGUUUUUCAGAUCCUUUUGCGCAAAUUGGUUUCAUUAAUCAAAGUCAACGUACAGAAGUUAUUGAAAAAUCAUUAUGUCCUACUUGGGAUCAAACAUUAAUCUUUUCUACUGUUGAACUUUAUGGUGAACCAGAUGAAAUUCAUCAUGAUCCACCAAAUAUUUUAAUUGAAUUAUUUGAUAAAGAUCAAUAUGGAGCUCCAGAUUUUCUUGGUCGUGUUCAAUGUCCACCCAUUGUUCGUUUAGUACCUGAUGAAACAAAACCACCAGUUAAAUUGAAAUGGUUUCCUGUUAAACGAGGAAAAGAUGAUGCUGGAGAAUUAUUAGCUGCAUUUGAAUUAUUCUUAUUACCAGAAACGGACAGCGAGAAAAAAAUGCCUCCACAACCACCAAGACGUGGUUCUCUAUUUAUUGUACCACAAUCAAUUCGACCUCAACUUGUUCGAACUGGAAUCGAAAUUCUUUCUUGGGGUAUUCGAAAUAUGAAAACAUUCAUGUUAUCAGAUGUUGAUUGUCCACAAGUUGUAUUCGAAGUUGGUGGACAUGAAAUUGAAUCAACUAUUAUUAAAAGUGCAAAGAAAACACCAAAUUUCGAUAGACCAUUAUUAUUUCUUGAUGUUAUGUUACCAAAAGAAGAUCUUUAUGCACCACCAAUGAAUAUUAAAGUAAAAGAUCAUCGAUCAUUUGGAAGAAAACCAGUUGUUGGUUUUCAUGUUAUUAAAUCUCUUGAAUCAUUUCGAUGUGAUCCAAAUGCACCAUCAUUAAGUAUUAUGCAAGCUGCUCAAGCUCCAGCAACACCUGCCGUACUUGCUAUUGAAGAUGUUCCUGGAUCAACUGAUAAAAAAUCGAAAAAACAACGUAAAGAAGAAGCAAAAUCAGGAAAUAAUCUAGCAGAUGGAACAGUUGCAACAACAACAAUAGCAUUAACAACAAAUGAAACAGAUACAACAAUCGUUGAUAAAAAAUCAAUGAAGAAACGUGUUAAACAUUUUUUGAAAAAACAUAAAGGACGAGGAAACCCAAUGAAACCCGAAUCGAAACUGGCUAAAAUACAAAAAUCAAUGAUGGGUAAACAUCAUCAACAAUAUCAAAGUGUUCCAGUUAUUGACGAGCCUCCUGUUGAAGAAGAUAUUGAUUGGUGGUCAAAAUAUUAUGCAUCGAAAGGUGAAUUGAAUAAAUGUGGUUCAUAUGUACAAAAAGGAUAUGAAGCAUUAACAGUUCUUCCUCAUCCACUUGAAUUACAUGAAAUUUAUGAAGGUUUCAGUGAUUUUUGUCGAACAUUUCAAUUAUCUCGUGGAAAAACCAAAUUUGAAGAAGAAAAUGAAAUUGUUGGAGAAUUUAAAGGUCUUUUUAAAGUUUAUCCAUUACCUGAAGAUCCAAAUGAACCAUUACCACAUCGUAUUAUGGAAAAUUUACCAUCAAGUAGUUUAGAAGAUUGUAUUGUUCGAGUUUAUAUUAUUCGUGCUACUGAUUUACAACCAACUGAUUCAAAUGGUAAAUCAGAUCCUUAUAUUGAAAUUGAAUUAGGAAAAACUCGAAUUGAUAAUCGUGAUGAAAGAAUACCAAAUACAACAAAUCCAAUUUUUGGAAAAAUGUUUGAAUUAAAAACUGUUAUACCAACUGCAAAAGAUUUAACAAUUCGUAUUAAAGAUUGGGAUUUAUUAACGUCUGAUGAUGUUAUUGGACAAACAACAAUUGAUUUAGAAAAUCGAUUUUUAAGUAAAUAUCGAGCAACAUGUGGACUUCCAUUACAAUUUAAUGUUACUGGUCCAAAUCAAUGGCGUGAUAGUGUUCGUCCUCGAAAAAUACUUUUUGAUGUUUGUAAAAGAAAUAAUUUACCAGUACCAGAAUUAAUUGAUGAUCAUACAAUUAAAAUUGGAGAAUCAGUUUUUCAUCUAGAAGAUUUUGAACAAGAAAAAAAUUUAACUAUUCAUGUUGGAGAUGAUGAAGAACGUUUAGCUUUAUAUAUCUUACAUAAAUUACGUUUAUGUCCAGAACAUGUUGAAACUCGACCACUUUUUAAUCCAUUACAACCAUUAAUUGAACAAGGUCGAUUGGAAUUAUUUGUCGAUAUUUUUCCUAAAUCGCAAGGACCACCAGGACCAGUAUUUGAUAUUACACCACGAAAACCAAAACCUUAUGUACUUCGUUGUAUCGUUUGGAAUACCAGUGAUGUUAUAUUACAAGAAACAUCUAUAACAGGAGAAAAAAUGUCUGACAUUUAUGUUAAAGGAUGGAUGAGUGGAAAUGAAGAUGAUGUACAAAAAACGGAUAUACAUUAUCGUUCAAUGGAUGGUGAAGGAAAUUUCAAUUGGCGUUUCGUUUACGAUUUUCUAUAUUUACCUGCUGAACGAUUUUUCAUCAUGAUGCAAUUUUAUUCAUCAUUAUUUGAAGAAACAAUAUCUAAUAUCAAUAACUUACAUUUACCACAUUCAGAUAUAUUAGUUUAUAAUCUUUCAUCAUCAUCAGUCAUUAUACAAAAUAAUACAAUAACAACAGUAUCAUAUGAUCCAUAUAGACAUUUAACUGAAACAAUUGUAUAUAAAUAUAUAUGUUUAACAAUAUUUAUAAUCGGGGUGAUUGGAAAUUUACUUAGUGUAUUAGUAUUUAGUCGACCAUCAUUACGACGUCGUUCAUGUGCUAUAUAUUUUCUUGCAUUAGCUAUAACUGAUAUUGCUUCAUUAUGUUCUUCAUUUAUUGAUACCGUCCUACCAUCAUAUAAUAAUGUAUCAUUAACAAUAAAAUCAAUAUUUAUAUGUAAAUUAAAUCCACUAAUGGUUUAUUUUACAACAGAUUUAUCCAAUUUUUUAUUAGCUGUUGCAUCAAUUGAUCGAGCUGUAUCAAUUCAAUGUCCAGUUAAAUCUCAACAAUUUUGUCAAGCACGUAUUGCUGUUUAUAUAAUUCUUAUAAUGUCAAUUGUGUUUCUACUUAUAAAUGGUCAUAUAUUUUGGGGUUUUGAAAUAGUUGAUGAACUAACACAAAAGAUUUGUUUACCAUCAAAAACAAAAAUUGUUUAUUAUAAUGAACCUCAUUCAAUGACAUAUGAUCGUUUUUAUGCCAUAUUUGACUCCUUAGAUAUGCUAUUUGCUGUUGUUAUUCCAUUUAUUGUUAUGUUAAUAUGUAAUAUUAUUAUUCUUAUACGUGUUAUAACUUCGAGACGUUCAGUAACAACUGUUGUUACAACAACAUCACAAUCAAAAAAAUCACGUAAAAGACAUGAAAAAGAAAGACAAUUAACUGUUAUGUUACUUGGAAGUGCAGCUGCAUUUUUAGUAUUUACAUUACCAACAGAAAUAAAUGAUACAGUACGUGCUUUCCGUCCAUCAGAUUUUUCUCAAACACAAGGUGCGCAAGCAUUAAUGACAGCUAUAUUUAUUGCUAUGGGACAAUUAAAUCAUGCAAUUCAUUUUUAUAUCUAUACAUUAACUGGUGGAGUUUUUCGAAAUGAAUUAAUACAAUUAUUUACUUUUUCAAAAUAUAAAUUAUUAAGACAAACAAAUUUAUCAUCAACAAGACAAACAACUAUUCGUGAUCAUCAUCCUUCAAAAAAUUCAUCAAAACAAAAAUCUAUUCAUGAUGAUAAUGAUACACCAACUUAA